CUUAAAAGCAUUCAGGAUGUCUAAAAACGCAACCUACAAAGGUUAUUCAAAGCAAGCGGAGAAAAUCGCUAAAAACACUCAUUUCACCUGCGAGGAAGUAGAUGCUCUGCUUGCGCUCCAUGACUCCACUGGAAACUCGCCGAGGAUGGAUGGAAAUCGUUUCCGCGAUAUAAUGCACGGCAUCUUUGGCAUGACCGACGAAAGCCUCAUGGAGUGCAUGUAUCAGGUCUUCGACAUGGACCAGGACGGCGCCGUCGGUCCCGAAGAGUUUGUUGUCGGGAUGUCCGUCUUCCUGAGGGGGACACUGGAGGAGAAGAUCGACUACUGCUUCAGUGUUUAUGACCACAACGGCGAUGGCUUCGUGUCUCGCGACGAGAUGUUCCAUCUGCUGAAAACAGCCGUCGUCAACCUUCCCCCGGGAGAAGAGCUGGACGAAGUCGUCAAAGAUAUGGUUGAGAUGGUGUGCAGAAAACUCGACAUAGAUCACGACGGCCGUGUCAGCUUCACUGACUACGCAACUGCUGCGGCUGCAGAGCCUUUGCUUUUAGAAGUGUUUGGUCCGGUCCUGCCUGACAACCAGGAAAGGGAAGCUUUCUUGAACACCUUCCUGGAGAAGUAUGGAAUUCGAUCGCAGAUGUAGGAGUAACCUGAUUCACUGGACUUCCCCUGGCUUCCUUUUGGUGUUGAGAGCGACCAGUGAUCUUACAUUGUUUUGUUAGAUGAGUGAUAUGCUGAAAGUUAUCAGAAUCUGGGAUAUCUUUGAAGAUGUGACGUUACCAAGUUCCGUCAUUGCACUGAAUGGAAUUUCUGAAGGUGUUUGUCAGCAAGAAGUGUCAAAGGUUUGGAAUACCAUAUACGAGUGUAUGUUUUUGACGUCUUGUGUUACCAUUCUGUAUCGUCAAUUACUGAAAAUUGUAAAACGUCAGACCUGUGCACUCUCAUCGCAAGCAAAGCCGUCAAACAAGGGUUAACGUUCUAUAGAGCUGCUUUAAACAAUAAAAUGCUUUAGCAUGUAAACGAUCUCAUUCUUUUCUCAUUUAUUCAACAAAACCCCUUGGUGGGGUAAAGCCAUCAGUCCACCUCAUGGGAUGUACUGUAGGCAUUAUUAAAGGCUCUUGCAGCGUCCCUUCGGCCCCUAGCUGCAACUCCUAUCAUUCCUUUUACUGUACCUCCAUUCAUAUUACCUUUCUUCCAUCUUGCUAUCCACCCUCUGCUUACAAUUAUUUCAUAAUAAAACUGCGAGGUUUUCCUCCAGUUACACCUUUCAAAACCACUUAC